UCACGUUGUCUUCUCCUAGCCAAAGUUUCAUCCGCGAAACUCUAUUUUCCCAAUCAUUCCAAUGAGUGAGGCUCGCGCUUCGGCUUCCCCCCGGGCUUCCCCUAAGGGGGACACUGGGGAACAACCGGUUGCACAAUGGGCAUGCACCAUUUGUCGGGCACGAAAGGUCAAAUGUGAUCGAAUAUUGCCAAACUGUACUGGUUGUUCAAAGAAUCCCGAGGGCUGUAGGUAUGAAGCAUUACGGAAGAGGGCCGUACGCCGCUCUACUUACAAGGACAUGGUGGAGCGCUUAGCAAAGAUGGAGGGCGUCGUAAAGGAGUUCUCGAGAAGCAAGGUCUCAACACCGCCAAGUAACGAAGUCGAGGCGGAACCCAACUUGCAUAUGGCGCUAAUGUCAGAGGGAACUUCGCCAAAUCGUCUCUUCGAGCCAGUCUUUGAGAGUGACGAAUUCGUAGGUCCGGCUGCUGGUCAAGUGCCAGAAAACAGCCAGUCAGCCCUAACUGGAUUUGAACCUCCUCUUAACCAUAAUGGAGCCGCCGUCGUCGACAAUGAACUAGAGAUUGAGUAUACAGGUCCGUCUUUCAUAUUUUCCCUCCAAGGUAUCCUAUGGGUCAAUGAAUUAGUUGGGGAUGAUUGUUUCGGUCGGGCAGUGGCCGCCUCCCUGACACCGACGUCGCUGCCACAUAAUCGUGGCAAUGUGGGCAUUUCUGCUAUCCACCCACUUCCGAGCAAAUCAGUAACGAUUGAUUGUGCAAAUGAAUACCUCGUGAUACUGAACCAACAUAUAUGCUUAUUCGAUGACCAGGAGAUUAUGGAUGGUAUCGAAAGGUAUUACUCGACAGGAAUAUCACCAUCCCGGGGCUGGUUCACCGCAAUUAAUGUAAUCCUGGGGCAUGCUCUCCGGAAGCGUAGCGACAUGGAGAACUCGGUUGAAAGUGAGAAGUAUAUAGGAAACGCGAUGAGCAUGAUCCCAUCUAUCAUGAUGUCGAAACCGAACCAACUCAAUACAGGCGCAAUGUUAUCAAUGACGGCAUACUUCAUGCUUCUCUGUGAGAAUCAGACUGCUAUAAUGAUUCUGGCAGCUGCGAUACAGUCAAUGAUCUUGUGCGGUUACGACAAUCCGAGAAGACGGCCUGGCCAAACCGAUGAGGAUAAACUUCUCGAAAGACGAUUAUUUUGGCAAGCCUUUGUUUUUGAUCAUGACCUGGCUUUGCAGAUUGGAAAACCACCGAUGAUUGGGCCCGACUUCAUAAUCGACUUGCGGGAUGAUCUGCCAGAGGAUGGAACAGGGACGGUGUCGUUCGACAACGGCGUUACUCUUAAUAUCUUGCGAGAGCACGUAAGCUUAGCCCUGAUAAAGAGAAAGGCUUAUUCACUUCUCUACGCCAAAGAUGCUGUCACGAGGCGCGAUGACGAGGUCGUAAAAAUCAUUUCUGACCUCGAUUUCGAGCUCUACAACUGGAAACUACACAUUCCGGAGAUUACAAAGUCUGAUAGGCCAGAGCAAGAUGAGAAAGAUUUCGGAUUAAUGUCUCUCACCAUGAUGCAUUACAAUUAUUACCAGUUAAUAAUCGUGGUCCAUUCAUUUAUCUUUCAAUGUUCGAAUUUGGUCGAGUCGGAUGACAACUUUGGGAACAUAUUGUCAAGUGUUGCUCUUUGCGUAGGAGCCGCGAGGGCAACGGUGUCCUUACUCGAUUUUCAUGAAGAUCGCCACCCAUUCAGCAUGUUUCUCUUGAAUAAUAUAUCCUGGAGUCUCGAUAUCAUCUUUAUCAACAUCCUGCAGAACAAGGGAACUAUUAGUGCUCGGGAGGAUCUUAACCUGCUAGGGAGGAUUGUUUCCCUUUUCAAAAAAUACUAUCCAAAUUACACACACUCCAUCUCUUUUCGAAUUGCCAAAGUUUUCUAUCAGGUUGCCUGGAAGGCUCUCCAGAAUCACGCUUUCUACCAAACCCCUCCACCAAACAACGUCCCUCCACCACCUGACGUUCCUCUAUAUAAUGCUUGGGACAGGCAUCUACAGACAAAGGUAGUCCCCGGCAAUACAUCUACCUAUAAUGCAUUAGAACCAUCCACCCAGAUACGAUUCUACAAUCAACAAACAGUCACGCAAUCUACUCUUCCCUCGGAUCAACAAGGAAUAACAUCACCGUUCAAUCUUCAAACAAAUGAGCAAUUCCACAAUCUCGGACUAGACAACAAUACAAGCAAUAACAUAGUUUGGAGCAGUAAUGAUCAGAGGGGACCGAAUGCAGAAUUUCGCUUAUCUCUAGGUCUAGAUCCACAAUACUGGCAAGGCUUAUGGACAACGGCAGCAGAAUGGGAAGGGAAUACAAAUUAGUUUUGUAUUAUGGUUCGAACUUGGAUAGAUAUACAGACGAGACAACUGUUUGAAGCUUUUUAGAAAGACGAGGAUGAACACCCUGUAAUAAUCACUUGUGGAUGCUCCGGCAAUAGCUGUGUUAAUAAUGUUCGAAUAAUUUUUAUCGGCCGUUCCUUACAAAAAUGGGUUUGGGUGAGGCCGAGAUGUCACCAAC